UGUUUUCUCUCUUUCACUUCUCUCUCCGCCGUAAACGACCACUCCAGAAAAUAGAAGCCUCUCCUUUUCUAUCUCUGGUCGUUUAUUUCCCGAGGAUCGGUCGUAUUGAAGCUCUGCAACUCCGACUUUUUUUUUGGUUCAAACAAAUUGUGGAGAGAUGGGCGAGAGUACAAUGGGGGCUAUUGUACCGUCAGUGAAGGCGGAGGCAAGAGCUUCAGCAGCGGUAGCAGGGCCGUCGGAGGCCGCUGACGAAGCGGUGUCGGCGGCAGCGACAGCAGGAAUAGGAGGAGCAGCUGCGGAGUCGCUCGAGACGGGAGUGGCUGAGUUCGAUAAGGACUUCUUGUGUCCGAUAUGCAUGCAGAUCAUCAGAGACGCGUUCUUGACGAUUUGUGGCCACAGCUUCUGUUACAUGUGUAUCAUUACUCAUCUUCACAACAAGAACGAUUGUCCUUGUUGCGGUAACUACCUCACCAAUAACCAGCUGUACCCUAAUUUCCUCCUCAAUAAGCUACUGAAGAAGACUUCUGCUCGUCAAAUAGGAAAAACCACAUCUCCAGUAGAGCAUCUUCGUCGAGCACUACAACAGGGUUGUGAAGUGUCAGUUAAGGAGUUAGACAGUCUGCUGACUAUCCUUCUAGAGAAAAAAAGAAAAACGGAGCAAGAAGAAGCUGAGACAAAUAUGCAGAUUCUGCUUGAUUUCUUGAAUUGCCUAAGGAAGCAAAAACUUGAAGAGUUGAAUGAGAUACAAAAUGAUCUUCAGUACAUUAAGGAGGACGUUGAUGCUGUAGAGAGACAUAGAAUAGAGUUAUAUCGAGCAAGGGAGAGAUAUUCAGUGAAGCUGAGAAUGCUUCAUGAUGAUCCCAUGGUUAUGAAAGCAUGGCCAUCUUCAAUGGAUAAGCACAGUUCUGGUCUUAUCUCUAGUGGUCGAAGUGCACAAGGAGGAACAAGUUUAGGCAAUUUUCAGAACAAGAGAGACUUAAAGGCUCAAGCCAGCUCUCAGGGAUUCCAAAGAAAGGAUGCUCUCAGUGGAUCAGAUACACAAAAUGCCACUACUCAAUCAGGACUUGCUACAAGAAAAAGGCGGGUUCAUGCACAGUUCAAUGAUCUACAAGAAUGUUACUUGCAAAAGCGGCGACAGUGGGCCAACCAAUCACAUAAGCAAGAAGAGAGGGAGUCAAAUGCCAUUAGGAGAGAAGGGUAUAAUGCAGGUCUUGAGGAUUUUCAAUCUGUAUUGACUACUUUUACACGAUACAGUCGAUUGAGGGUCAUAGCAGAACUCAGGCAUGGGGAUAUUUUUCACUCUGCCAAUAUUGUAUCAAGCAUAGAAUUUGAUCGUGAUGAUGAAUUAUUUGCUACUGCUGGAGUUUCUAGGCGCAUUAAAGUCUUUGAGUUUUCCUCGGUGGUGAAUGAACCUACAGAUGUGCAUUGUCCUAUUGUGGAGAUGUCUACACGAUCCAAACUCAGUUGCUUGAGUUGGAACAAGUAUACAAAGAAUCAUAUAGCUAGUAGUGACUAUGAGGGGAUAGUCACAGUUUGGGAUGUCGAUACUCGGCAGAGUGUCAUGGAAUAUGAAGAGCAUGAAAAGAGAGCAUGGAGUGUUGACUUUUCACGCACAGAACCCUCAAUGCUUGUAUCUGGUAGUGAUGAUUGCAAGGUCAAAAUCUGGUGCACAAAGCAGGAAGCCAGCGUUCUUAACAUUGACAUGAAAGCAAAUAUUUGUUGUGUCAAAUACAAUCCUGGAUCGAGCAUUUAUGUUGCGGUUGGUUCUGCAGAUCAUCACAUUCACUAUUAUGAUUUGAGAAACAUUAGCCAACCACUCCAUGUUUUUAAUGGGCACAAGAAAGCUGUUUCAUAUGUCAAGUUCUUGUCCAACAAUGAGCUUGCUUCUGCAUCUACUGACAGCACAUUGCGGUUGUGGGAUGUAAAGGAAAAUCUGCUGGUUCGCACAUUUAGAGGUCACACAAAUGAGAAGAACUUUGUAGGUCUCACCGUAAACAGUGAAUAUAUUGCUUGUGGCAGCGAAACAAAUGAAGUUUUUGUUUAUCACAAGGCAAUCUCCAAACCUGCAGCUUGGCAUAGAUUCGGUUCAUCUGACUUAGAUGAUACUGAUGAUGAUGGAGGAUCCUACUUCAUUAGUGCUGUAUGUUGGAAGAGUGAUUCUGCAACAAUGUUAACAGCUAACAGUCAAGGAACGAUCAAAGUGCUUGUAUUAGCAGCUUAAAUAGGAAAAAAAGAUAAAAAGGAUACAUCCAAUUUGAUUCUCAUUAAACAUGAUGAUCAUUAUUUUUGUAUGUAUAAAUAUAAUAUUGAAAUAUGCAAAAGGCAGUUUCAAAGAGUUUAAU